AUGGGCGACGGCCAGGAGAACGGCAGCGAGAGGCGGAGGGAGGCGGGUCCCGCGCGGACGCUUAGAGAGCCGAGGAACGAUGUGGAGGGAAUGAGAGUGAACGAGGAGGGCGGAGCAGAGGGAGCAGUGGCGGACGAAUUUGGGGGGGAGGAAACAUGCCGCAGUCCGGUGCUGGGCGUGCAGGGGCGCACAAAGGAGACGGCGUGGGCGGAGGAGACGGUGGAGAGCGUGGAGGCGUGUAGUGGCGGGGGGGUGUCCGCGAAGGCGGGGAGCGGCAAGAAGGGCAGUCAGGCGCGGAGCCGGACGGUGGACGAGGAUGCGGCCGACGUGCAGCCGGCUGAGCGGCCGCGCGGGAAGGCGAAGGCGAAGGCGAGCCCCAAAGCGAGCCCCAAGGUGAGCCCGAAAGGCGCGAGCGGGCGACGGCUUGCGCGGCCGAUAGAGGAGGACGAGGGCGCGGAGGACUCGGGCGGAGCGGCGAAGGCAAUGGCGGGCGGGCGAGGGAAGGCUGCAGCUGAGGCGCGGGGCGCAGCGAAGGGGCGAGUGAAACCGCGCAGCAUGGAGGCGGACGAGGGGGUUGGCGGGGGCGAGUGUCAAGGGCGAUCCGGCGGGAGAACGGCGGGGCGCGAGGACGCCAAGGGGGUGGGUGCAGGCAGUGCGAAGCGGGGAAGAAUAGCGCGGAGCCUGCGGGAGGACGACGAGGAAAAGGUGCGCGCGGUGGGGAAGGCGGGAGGCAGCCUGGUGAGGCGGGACGCACAUGCGGUAGAGGCGAACAAGACUAAGGGGCACGUGAGGGGUGCAGAGAGCGAGCAGCACAGCGCUGCCGGCGGAGCGAGGCAGAAGGCGGCGAAUGGGAUCUCAGGCAGGAAAGGCGGCUCGCUGGCGCGGAGCAUGACGGAGGAUGAGGAUGACGAUGCGCAUGCGGGCGCGGUGCGGGCGCAUGGCGGCGGGGGGAGAGAAGGCGGACGGGGCGUGCAGGUGAGGGAGCAGUCGACAGGGAGGGCGCGCGGGGAGGGGGCGAGCUCAAAGGGGCGGGCGAGAGGGGAGGUGGAAAGUGGAGAAGGCGUAGCGACGGGGAAGGCAGGAGGCGGCCUGGUGAGGUGUCUGUCGGACGACGAGGAGGAUGCGGAUGCAGGGAAGGCGAGAAAGGCGGAGGGGCACGUGAGGGGUGCAGAAAGCGAGCAGCACAGCGCUGCUGGCGGAGCGAGGCAGAAGGCGGCGAUUGGCAAGUCAAGCAGGAAAGGCAGCUCACUUGUGCGGAGCAUGACCGAGGAUGGAGAUGACGAUGCGGAUGCAGGCGCAGGGCUGGGACAUGGUGGCGGGGAGAGUAAAAGUGGACGUGAGUGUGCGGGGCGGCAGGUGCAGGUGAGGGAGCAGCGGAAAGGGAAGGCACGGGGGGAGGGGGCGAGCCCAAAGGGGCGGGCGAGAGGGGAGAGAGAAAGUGGAGAGGGCGUGGCGCGCGGGAAAGCAUUGAGUGAGGCAGAGGAAGUCCGUGGGGACAAGGUGCACGCGGUGGGGAAGGCAGGGGGCAGCCUGAUAAGGUGCCUGUCGGACGAUGAGGAGGACGCGGGUGCGGGGAAGGGGGCAAAGGCUGAGGGGCACGUGACAGGUCCUGAGAGCGAGCAGCACAGCGCUGCUGGCAAAGCGAAGCAGAAGGCGGCAAUUGGGAACUCAGGAAGACAAGGCGGUUCGCUGGUGUGUACCAUGAGUGAUGAUGAGGAUGCCAACGCUGAUAUGGGCGCGUCACAGGGGCAUGGUGGCGGGGAGAGUGAAGGCGGGCGUGAGGGAGGCAGCCUUGUGAGGUGCCUGUCAGACGAGGAGGAGGACGCACAUGCGGCACAGGGGAGCACGGCUGAGGGGACUAAGGCUGAGGGGCACGUGGCGGGUGGAGAGAAUGAGCACGCAUAUGCUGGAGGAGCGAAGCAGAAGGCGGCGAGUGCCAACGCAGGAAGGAAGAGCAAGUUGUUGAUGCGCAGCAUGACUGAGGAUGAGAGCUUGGAGGAAGCGGAAGUGCCCGCCAAGCCCAUGCCGGCCAAGCCCGUGCCUGUUGUGGAUGAGCCAAAGCCCACGAGCCGGGCACUGGGGGCACGGGUAGGACAAGGUGAGGGUCGGGGUGCAGGGGUGACUAGAAAGGCUUCCCGUGAGGCGGGGCAGCGGGCAGGGCGGGGAGUGGCAGGGCAGCAGGGCCGGGCGGAGCAGGCGGCACAGAUGGCACCGACAGAGGAGUUGCCAGAGGCACAGGGAGGCGAGAAGGAGAAGGGGAAGCAAGGCAUUGGCGGACUAAUGAGCAGGCUCAAGGUCCUUGCCACAUGA